AUGGAUCAUAUUUAUUAUUUGCGAGGUUACACUUCUAUUUUUUAUAGACAGCGAAACCUCUCCCACGAAGUUGCCUGCAUCGACCUGACGCCGUUUGAUGAGGCUCGCGCCAUGGCAGCUGUACGAUCCACCUGUGUUAACACUACUGCUUCUACAAACACCUCGCUGCCAUAUCUAUGUACCGCUCAGUUUUGCUCAUUAUCUCCAACUUCCGCAAGCACUUCCACAACAGCACUUGACCCGGCCAGCACAGUGAAUCCAUCUGUCAGCCAGGAGCCUCGUCUUGCGGCUAUUGGCCUUUGGCUCGGAGGUGGACUUGUUCUUCUCAGGCUUCCUAGCCUUGAUUUGCUUCAUGAGGAACCGCUUCCUGAAACCACAGCCUCCGCAGGCACUGCUCUUCUUCCCCGCUCCAUCCUGAUCGCCCAACUAGAGGAGACUGCUCAUUUGUUUGCAGCAAUGGGCGAUGGAACACUUUACUAUUAUACCAUAGAUGUUACCUUACCAGGUUAG